AUGACAGAAACUGUUGUGGCCCUUGUCGUCAACGAGUUGGUUCAAUUGAUUGUUCAUGAAUCAAACUUGCUCACGGGUGUCCACCAGGAAGUCGUGGACAUUAAAGAUGAACUAGAGAGCAUACAAGGUUUCCUCAAAGAUGUCGAUAAAGGAGACCUCCAAGAUGGCGUCAAAAUGUGGGUGAAACAAGUGAGAGAAGCGGCUUAUCAUAUAGAAGAUGUAAUAGAUGAAUACGUUCUUCACGUGGCACAACUUUCAAAGAUUCAAGAUAUCAAAAUAUCAAUCCGUGAAAUUAAGGAAAGAAGUGAAAGAUAUGGUUUUAGUUUCUCAAAGCAAGGAUCAAGUAAUUAUGCAGCAAAUGUUGCAUGGCAUGACCCUCGAGCAGGUGCACUUUUCAUUGAAGAAGAUGAAGUUGUGGGGAUUGAGUCAAGCAGGGAUGAACUCGUAAGCUGGUUGGUGGGGGAAGCAUCGAAACGCUCUGUGAUGUCGGUGGUCGGCAUGGGCGGAAUUGGCAAGACAACUCUUGCUAAGAAAGUAUACGAGAAUGAAUCAGUGAAGGGACAUUUUGACUGUCGUGUUUGGAUCACUGUGUCUCAAUCAUGUAACGUCCAGAAGAUACUCAUGUCCAUGAUAGACCAAAUCUACCAAGCAAAAGAAACUACUCUGGAGCAAGUAGACAUGAUAGACGAGAUCACGCUAAUUACACAGCUCAGGAAAUAUUUACAGCAAAAGAGGUAUGUUGUGUUUUUUGAUGAUGUCUGGAAAACAAAGUUUUGGGAAAUUGUGAAACAUGCUUUGCCAUACAAUGGCAGAGGCAGCAGGAUUAUCAUCACAACACGUAGUGAUCUCAUUGGUGCCUUUUGUAAGGAAUCUUUUUCCGACCAAGUCCACAAGCUACAACCUUUAUCUCAAGAUAAGGCUUGGGAAUUGUUUUGUAAAAAGGCAUUCUGGAGCGAGUUUCAGGGUUGUUGUCCCAAAGAAUUGGUGAAAAUGUCGAUGGACAUUGUCAGAAAAUGUGAAGGCUUGCCACUUGCAAUUGUUUCCAUCGGUGGUCUUCUGUCAACAAAGGAGAAGGUGCCAUUAGAAUGGAAAAAGUUGCAUGAUAACCUUAAUUCAGAGUUAGAAUUUAAUCCCCACCUUACAAAGAUUACAAAAAUUCUCUCUCUUAGUUAUGAUGACCUUCCAUGCUACUUAGAGUCUUGUUAUUUGUACUUUGGCAUUUUUCCAGAGGACUACUCAAUCACUGGUGUAAGAUUACUUUGGUUAUGGGUAGCUGAGGGCUUUAUAAAAGGAAAGAAGGGCAAAACAUUGGAGGAUGUAGUGGAAGAGUCUUUCAUUGUUAAAUUUUUUAGAAAGUUCAAGCUUUUGAAAGUGUUGGAUUUUGAAGAUGCUCUUAUUGAUUUUCUUCCUCAAGAAGUGGAGCAUAUUGCUCUAAAAGGGCGAUUGGAGAAGUUGCCCAAUUGGAUUCCAGAGCUUCAGAAUCUGAGCACACUACUCUUAUUUUUCACAUCAUUAGAGGAAGACCCAUUGUCAUGUGUCCAAGUUUUACCUAAUCUAAAUACCCUUUCUCUCAAUCACGCAUAUGAUGGGGAGCAGCUGCAUUUUGAGAAUGGCGGUUUUCGAAUACUCAAGAAGCUUACACUCAGAGGGUUGAAAAGAUUAAAGAUGGUGGAAAUAGAUAAAGGAUCACUACCCAUUCUUGAACAAUUAGAUAUUGGGCCAUGCUCACAAAUGAAAGAGGUACCCUCUGGAUUCUUGCACCUGAAAAGCCUAAAGAUUCUCGACUUCUAUGAAAUGCAAGUAGAAUUUGUGUUGUGUAUGCUACCAGAUGGAGGCCAAGAUUUUUGGAAAGUCAAGAAGGUAACUACUAUCCAUGUCAUGUAUAGGAUUAAAAGGGAACGAUAUCAAAUAUACAAGCUCAAUGAAUCAGACUUGUUGGAGCGUCUACAAGAAUCAGUAUUGGAGGAAUAA